GAUGGUUGGGUUGUAGUUCAGAGAGAAAGAGAGAGAGAGAGAGAGAGAGAGAGAGAGAGAGAGAGAGCAGCCAUGAAUGUAGAAGAGGAAGUGGGGAGAUUGAAAGAAGAGAUCCAGCGCUUGGGUCAGCUCCAAUCUGAUGGUACUUACAAGGUGAAGUUUGGAGUUCUUUUCAACGAUGAUAAAUGUGCAAACAUAUUUGAAGCAUUGGUCGGAACCUUGAGAGCUGCCAAGAAGAGAAAGGUUGUUACUUAUGAAGGUGAACUACUUCUGCAAGGAGUUCAUGACAAUGUGGAAAUACUCUUUUCCCACCAUCUCCAGGACUGCACCAGUUGCCACUGCUUAAUUUUCAACAGUUUUGUAAUCGCUGAUUAUGCAAUGUGUCCUCAGUGUUUCAUUUUCAGAAGCUUUGUUCAAGAAUAAAUGAUUUGGUUUAUUUCUUGUUGAAAUAUUAUACUAAACUGUGACUUGUAAGCUGUAUGAUCAAUGAAUUGUUGUUGUCAAUGUGUGAUAUUAUAUCUGAAAAUAAUUUGUAUGCUCA